AUGCUCGCUGGACUCAAAAGCACCAGUGGGUACUUGGACGACGUCUUGGUGGGUGGCCGAACAGAGGAGGAGCAUAAUCGAAAUCUUGAGCUGGUUCUUAAUCGUAUCCAGGAGUACGGAUUCACCGUUCGAAUCGAGAAAUGCAGCUUUAGCAUGCGUCAAAUCAAAUAUCUGGAACAGAUCUUGGAUAGCGAUGGCAUUCGACCGGAUCCAGACAAGGUCGCCGCCAUUGCCAACAUGCCACCACCAAUCGAUCUGCCGUCGCAGAGAUCGUAUUUAGGAGCCGUAAAUUACUAUGGCAAGUAUGUUCCUGGAAUGCGGAAGCUACGGUAUCCCAUGGAUCAACUCCUGAAAGCCGGAACCAAGUGGGAAUGGAACAAGGCGUGUCAAGAUUCUUUCGAUCGCUUUAAGGAACUGCUGAUGUCUCCGCUGGUGCUGACCCACUACAAUCCUCAAUUGGACAUCGUGGUGUCUGCCGACGCAUCUUCAAUCGGUAUCGGGGCCAGAAUCGCACACCGGUUUCCCGAAGGCACCGUGAAGGCAAUUUGUCACGCCUCCAGAAGCCUAACCCCAGCCGAAACAAAAUACAGCCAGAUCGAGAAGGAGGGGUUGGCCUUGAUCUUCGCUGUAACGCGCUUCCAUCGAAUGCUUUUCGGAAGACACUUCACGUUGGAGACAGACCACAAACCGUUGUUGGCCAUAUUCGGAUCUAAAAAGGGAAUCCCCGUUUAUACCGCCAACAGGCUGCAACGUUGGGCGCUGACUCUUCUCCUUUACGACUUCUCCAUCGAAUACGUGUCGACCGAUAGUUUUGGUUAUGUAGAUCUUCUAUCGAGGCUGAUAAACACCCACAUUCGGCCUGAUGAGGAGUACGUGAUAGCAUCGAUCGAGCUGGAAAAUACGUUCCACAAUGUCGUUAAUCAAUCGCUGGAAGUCUUCCCGCUCACAUUCAAGUCGAUCCAGGCAGAAACCAGAGCGGAUCCGGUUCUCCAAAAAGUGCUUCAGCACGUCCAGCAAGGCUGGCCGACCAAGAAGACAGACGUCACCGACUCAUACCAGCAAUUCUAUCUUCGUAAAGACGGACUGUCAGUCAUUUCCGGCUGCCUUCUCUACGGUGAGCGACUGGUAAUUCCUUCGAAGUACCAGAAGAAGGUCCUCCAGUUGUUGCACAAGGGCCAUCCAGGUGUCGAGCGAAUGAGAGCGGUGGCACGUAGCUACGUAUACUGGCCUGGAAUCGACGCGUGCAUUGCUAAACUUGAUUUUUCCUGUACCGAGUGUGCUCGGGCUGCCAAAACCAACACUAGAACCAACUUGGAGUCCUGGCCCGUACCCGGAAAGCCCUGGCAGAGACUGCAUAUUGAUUACGCUGGUCCUGUUGACGGUUGGUACUACCUCAUCCUGGUCGAUGCGUACUCGAAAUGGCCGGAGGUCGUCCGAACUCGUCAAACGACAUCACCAGCUACCAUUGAAAUUCUGGAGAGCAUCUUCGCUCGCUUCGGAAACCCGGAGACACUGGUUAGCGACAAUGGACGCCAGUUCAUCAGCGGGCAGUUCGAGGGGUUCUGUGACACCAAAGGCAUACUGCACCUGAAGACGCCACCUUUCCACCCACAAUCCAAUGGACUUGCAGAAAGAUUCGUUGACACGUUCAAGCGAACUCUCAAGAAAAUUACGGCGGGAGGAGAGGGUCUCACCGAAGCAAUCAACACCUUCUUGUUAUGCUACCGUUCUACGCCCUGCCGAAGCGCUCCCGAGGGAAUCACCUGCCGAGUUAAUGCUUGGUAGAACGAUACGCACUUCGCUCGAUCUGCUCAGACUACCAACUGCAUUUCACAAAACAGAUCACUCCAAGCAGGACGACCAGUACAACCGCAAGCAUGGAAGUAAAGAAAUCAGGUACAAUUCUAAGGACCUGGUUUGGGCCAAGGUUUUCAAGAACAACAGUUGGAGCUGGGAAGCUGGUCAGAUUCUCGAACGCAUUGGGAACGUGAUCUACAACGUUUGGUUGGAGCAUAAGAAGACGCUAAUUCGAUCGCACUGUAACCAACUCCGUAAGCGAUGUGAGUCGGAUGAAGCCGAAACAGCUGAUGAGAGGCAGCCUACGCAAGUCCCACUCGACAUUCUACUAGAGUCAUGGGGCCUGGAUCGAAGUUCAGCAGACGAAACUGAAUCGAUCUUCCAAUCGAAUCCGUAUGCGCCUCCCGGAAACAAGCCAGUGCAACCAGAGGGACUGCCCCCGAACUCUAAUCCUCGCCCUAACCGGAAACAGAAACUGCAACGUCAACCAUCAGUAACUCGCCAAUCCUCGCGCAGCCGGAGGCGUCCCGUGAGAUAUGACCCGUACCAUCUGUACUACUAAAAGGGGGAGGUGUUGCAGGGACCACCCUAGCUGCGACAAGCGUUACCCAAAACGCAAUUACCAUCCGUCAGAGUGAUAGACGUCCGGAUGUGGCUAUGUCAUCGUAAGCGUAAAGAUAAAACUCACUCUGAUAUCCGCAUUGCACAAGGACACAUGUCCUAUUUGUUAAUCGUGUUACACCUCGUUAAUUUUAAAUAAAGAUAUAUUUUCUCGUGUUGUGUGUAAUCGCGAGUUGAAUAUCACAACAAGAAUAUAAGAAAACAUUGUAUUAUUAUAACUGUAGUCUACAUUUGCUUGACGAAAUAAAUAAAUAAAUACUGAAAAGGUCUUCAAAGACCCAAUCACUAAUUUGAAGUUGGGAAAUACCAUCUGAUCAGUGUUGGAAACGUGGUGGUUCGAGCACACCGAGAGCAAUUAAGGCCGCAGAAACAAAUUGAAAUUCGCCAAAACGUAACAAUGCCGAGCAGGAGAGUUUUGAAACGAGUUCGAGCGGUUUCGGAAGAGAGUUCCGAGGAUGACUUCCCUGAUUUCGAUGACGAGUUGGUGGAAUCAGCUACGAAGAAGAAACGCUCGGACGUCCUACCGGAAGACAGAAACCAAUCAUCGCUGGUAUUACGACGGUCUGAAAGGCUAAAAGGAAGCAGAAGAAGUUACAAACAAUAUAAGUGAUAAAGUAAUUAUAAAAAAACGUGAUUGAAGUGCGACGUUUAUGGACGUUUUCAAAUAAUCAAAUUUUUUUGGCUAGAGCAUCUAUGGAUGUAUUCGUUUUUCGAUAUAUUUUUUAAACAAUUAUUUGUGAAAGCCAAAUGAACACGGCAAUUCGGAUCUCCGGUACUUAUUUGAGGAAGAAAUCUAGGUUUAGUUUUAGCGCAAAUCCGUGCUUCUUUAUUAACGCCCGUGCCUACUCUUCUGAUUACUUUCUUCUUACUCUUAUUCUUAUUCGCUUCGUUCUGUCUCUGUCCUAUAGCCUUCUACAUUGAUCGAAAAUAACACAUCAAAGAUGCCACAUAAUUGAGCGUCAAAGAACGCAUUCGGUUUCAUUCAUAUUUUGAAAUUAUUAAAGUCAAAAAACGCAUUCGUGUUUUCAUAUUUAUGUAGUCACUAAGGCGUCAACGGACGAUUUCUAAUUAUAAAAAAUAAUACAAGUGUUUAAACACAAUCUAAAUAUAACGAUAACUGUAUAACAUAUAAUGUAAAUUUUUAUCUUUUAAAGAAGGAAGAAUUUUUAUGUAUUUUGAAAUGGCUUAGUAAAAGCCAGUACCUGGGAAUAUUCGAAAUUCUCUCUCAGAAUAUAUUCAGAAGUUUUGGUAUGUUUACUCUCUCGUUGACACACAUAUAUUCAAACAAAUUAUCAAUAAAUAGACUGAGCGGGACUCAGUCCAAGGAAGUUAUGUUCUGAA